AAAGUGCAGAAAGUGCACUUGGGGACGACUCGACGAAUGUCGGAUGCUGCUGGGCUCCGGCGACCAUUUUUCGCGAUAUUUCCUCCGUCUCUCGCUUCCCGAAGACGUUUCGCGUGUCGCGAGUGGAAGCCUCGGUGCGGAGUUUCGCGACGACGGGAAUCCUUAGGGGAAUCGAUCUCGUCGCUCGACGAAAGAGCCGGAAACGUGCGCGACACUCUCUCCCAACAUGUCGUCGGCGAUGUCCAGGAUCUCGCACCGCUGCGCGUGGAACUCGACGGAGCGGCGAUAAUAAUUUCAUUCGUCUUGGAAGAGGAGCUCCGGACAAAAUAUUUCCCGAUAUAGAAACCAAUUUUCCUCGAUAUAUAUCCAUAAUUAAUCAACCACUUAACUGCGUCGUGAGAGCAUCUGUCCGCGUGCAUCAUGGCUCUUUACUAUGCGGGAGCUUAAUCGAGGUGCCACUCUCUGUCUCUUUCUCUCUCUGGCUCUCUCUCCUUCUCUCGGUGUCCCCCGGCGAUAUAUUAAUUGAUAAUUGACGAAGGAAGAAGUUAUCGUUUCGUUCUCUCGGACUAAUCGGGACUACAGGAUAUAUAACGUAAUACACGAUGGCUGCAACCUUCGAUCAGUACGACAAGUCGAGCUGGUACUUUGGUGCUAUGUCACGGCAGGAUGCUUCCGAUCUAUUAAUGGGUGAAAAGGAAGGUGGAGUAUUCUUAGUACGAGAUAGCACUUCCAUACAUGGCGAUUUUGUAUUAUGCGUAAGAGAGGACAGUAAAGUUAGCCAUUAUAUCAUCAAUAAAAUCCAACAAGGAGAUCAAAUUCGAUAUCGGAUUGGAGAUCAGGUGUUUCCAGAUAUUCCUAAUCUUCUAGCUUUUUACAAACUGCACUAUUUGGAUACUACACCAUUAAUUAGGCCUGCUCCGAAGAAAAUACAGAGGGUAAUUGCCAAAUAUGACUUUGAUGGCAAUGAUUCUGAUGAUUUACCCUUCAGAAAAGGUGAUAUACUCACUGUAAUAUCCAAGGACGAAGAACAGUGGUGGACAGCUAGGAAUAGCAUUGGCCAAACUGGUUCAAUACCGGUUCCAUAUGUUCAGAAAUACGACGAGGACGGUCCCAUGAUAAUAGAAAAUAAUUCACGACCUGAGAGUGGGGGCAGUUCCGGCUCGAACUCAAACUCAAACUCAGGACCUACAACACAGGUACCUCAUGCCGAAAUUACGGGACAAGGGACUGUAACGCGAAGAUCGAACAUACAGAGAACGUUACCGGCUUUCGCAAAAGUGAAACAGGCGAGGGUGCCGAACGCGUAUGACAAGACUGCGUUAAAAUUGGAAGUAGGUGACAUGAUAAAAGUGACAAAGACUAAUAUCAAUGGACAGUGGGAGGGCGAGUUACACGGCAAGGUCGGACACUUCCCAUUUACGCAUGUAGAAUUUGUGGAUAACGAGACUGGUGAGGACAAUCAGGAGAUUUAACAGAAAAUCUCCGAGUGUGAUGCAUCACAUGUGUGACAAUGGGAAGAAAGAGAGACUCCUAUAUUAUCAAAAUUUAGGUUACUACUAAUAACAUCUAUUAUAUGUACCAUUGCAUAGAUGUGCUUAUAUAAACUCCAAGAUAGUAAACGUAUGUCAUGUCAAAUGAUGUCAUAGAUGUCAUUUUGGCAUUUAAUGACAUCAGUUUGCUACUUGGACUUAAGUCUGAAUUGAAUUACAUUUACAUUCGAAUGUGCCGCGUGUUAAGUGCUACAUAAGAAGAAACCCCAGAUUUUUGUGCAAUACGUCGAAACAUAAGAAAUGUUCAAAGAUUUAUGUUAAUAUCUCUACAGUGUGUUAAUACUUUAGUCACAUGUACAUCCGUAAUUUCUUUUGUAACAUUGCUAAUUGUCCAAAGCACAAGCAUAAUUUUAUAAAAUUAUUAGAUAUAGAUAUGUAAAAUACAACUUUGUCUCUAUAUAUUAGAUAAUAAGGUCCUAUUAUUUCAUUAAAAAGGAAUUGAAACGUUUCAAUGAAAUAAUAAAUGA